AUGUCUUCGACAGAGUCGGCUUUCCCAAUGAUCUACACGGAAAGACUGCAGCUUCGGAUCUUCGACCCAGCGCUUCCUUCUGACUACGAUACCGUCUUAGCCAUCUACGACAGCGACUUUGUAAGGCGGACGAUUGGUAACCCGGGCAUCUACACCCGCGACGACAUCGACGCCCGCCGUGUGAGGUUCGGUCUUCUUCGCCCCAAAGACUCCUCCGAUCCCACAAGACCUGCAGCCGUCCUGCCCUCCCAUCCGUGGCACAUCGUCUACCUCCGCGGUACCGACACGGUCGUCGGAGUCAUCUCCCUGCUCCACCGCCAUCCGCUCCCGUACCCCGACAUGGGCUGGGCCGUGGCGGAAGAAUACAUGAACAGAGGUUACGCGACCGAGGCAGCGAAGGCCGCGUUGCGGUGGUGGACGGAAGAGAUGCGCAUCGACGGCAUCUGGGCGGCCGCGUUUGACACAAACGUCGGAAGUCACAGGGUUGCGCAAAAGGUUGGCUUCGUCGACGGAGGUUCGAUUCGGUUGCUGCUGUCGGACACGGUGGUUAAGGAAGCGAGAGCUUUCGUACAGCCCAAGAUGGGAUGGUGUCUGGAUGGGGUGACCAUUGAUGUAAGGCCAAAGUGA